AUGGAUCCUGAUUUUGUAUCACCUGCAAUUCGUGUGAGACAACCAUGUUUUGCGCGCUUUUUGGCAUACAAACUUGGGAUGCAGUUACGGUAUCGCCCUGCACCAAAGGAUGAUUAUCCAUGGGCUGAUUAUCAGAACGGUAGCUGGAAAGGAUUGCUGGGGGAUCUUCAGCAUAACGACUAUGACCUAGCGAUGUGUGCGUUCUUCCCUACGGAGAAUCGUUCUCGAGACUUCGACCAGACGUUUCCAACGUACUACGAAGAGAUGAUGUGGGUGGUGCCUCUCGCAGGUGAGGCCGCCCCGAUGCGCGCGCUGGUGGCCCUCUUCCCGCUGGACCUCACCCUGGUGGCCCUGGGCGCCGGGGCGGCGUCUGCCGUAGUCCUCCGUCUGGCCGAGGUUUCGUCUGCCGAUGCCUCACCGCUGCGGCAGCCCGAGAGGGUCAGAAGCGACGUGCAGAGGGCCAGAGCGCUCUCGGUGUGGAUGACGUACGCGUGGGCCGCGUUGCUGGGCGCAGGGGUGUCGGCGAACACAAAACGACUCUUGCAACGCUGCGUGUUUGGCGUGUGGCUGAUGGCGGGAUUGAUUGUGGCCAGUGGGUUUCAGUCCCGAAUCAUUAGUGCUCUGCAGCAACCCAGGCGGCGACACCAGGUGUCGUCGACCCAGGACAUCCUCGCGGAAGGCCUGCGCGUGGAAUGGUCCGCGGGCAGUGAGAUCUUCUUCAACGAGUCCAAGGCGCGUGACGCUGCCAUCCUCGACCGCCACGUGGAGGAGGACAACGUGACCCGCACGCUGGAGCGCGUCGCAGCCUCCAAAGACACCGCCACCUCACCGUUCUUCCUGUUCCCUGCUGUGGGCAGCGCCUACAACGUGGUUAUGUACUUGCCCCGAGGACAUCCUCUUCUAGACCGAGUGGAUCGCGUCAUGCGAGCAGCUUCAGAAAAUGGUCUCCGCGUCAAGUGCAUGUCCGAUUUCAUGAGGGAGAAUUUGAUGUCAAGCAGCAUUGUGCACCGAGAGAGGCCAAUGAGAAUGCAGCAGUUGAAACCGGCUAUAAAUGUGCUGCUCAACGGUUGUGCUAUCGCAACGGGCGUUUUCGUGUUGGAAGUGAUAGUCAUUUCAGUUCCCAUUAAGCCGGUAUAA